AUGUUGCUCAACCUCACAGCAAGUCCGUGGGCCACGAGUGGACUGAUACUCGCUCUGCUCGCGGUACGCAUGGCCUACGUUCGCACCGUUCGCUUCCAUCACCGCGAUGCCGUAGAGAAGCGUUUCGAGGGCAAGUACGCUCUGAGCAAGGAGGACGAGAAGCGCGGUCUGAAGCGCAUGAACAAGAGCGGUUUACGCGGUGUAAGAGAUGCACAGUACAUCUUCCGAAACAUGAGCGCGCUGGAACAACCUUUCGUCACGCUAAAGUCGCUGGAGUUCAGCCUGUUCAAGACUUAUGGUAUUCCAUCCAUCAGCAAAAUUCUCUUGCGCACCGGCCAGUUUGUACACUCCGACAAAGCAUCGCGAAGGUAUGCCGACACGGCGGUGCUCAUCGCCGCAUUCUUUACCUACGCCUUGCCUGCCCUGGAUCUGGACAAGAACGAUGUCGGACGAGCAGGUGAAGACGAGCUCUGGCCGGAUGCGGACGAUCCACGUUCAGCAAUCGCUUUUGCGCGCAUCAAUUUCUUGCAUCGUCGAGCCGACGCUCUGCACGGUCCGCACGGUGCUCCGAUCUCCAACGACGACAUGCUGUACACGCUCAGCACAUUCAUGCUGGAGCCGGUGCUAUGGUACAAGAAGGCCGGAUGGCGCGAUGCCACGCCUCUAGAAGCUGAAGCGCUCUUCACCGUCUUUUACCAUUCUGGUCGAUGCCUCAACAUCAAGGAUAUUCCAGACACCUUGGAAGCUAUGAAGGUUUGGGCCGAGUCUUACGAGCAGGAACACAUGGUCUUUGCUCCCCAGAAUCACGAGGUCGCCGUCGAGACGAUUCACCUGCUCUUGUACCACGUGCCUCGCGCUCUGCGUGCGCCCUUCUUCCCCAUCAUCGCUUCUCUCCUCUCAGAUCGCCUACGCAAAGCCUUCGGACUGGCUACGCCUACUGCAUGGGUCUCCAGCAGCACUUCGCUGGCACUGCGAGCCGUCGGGACAUUCGUGCUGCUCUUCUGCGCUCCGCGUUCAAUUCCCAAGACUCUGUUGCCCCUCGGCACCGACAACAUACUGGACGGCUCUGUCGACAUGGGCGUCUGUCCCGCUUCCGGUGCCAAGGCUGCAGACGGGCGCGUAUGUCCGGUCGGCGGCGAGGAGAAGGCUAGGAAGGCAAGCAAGCCUAGGAGCUAUCCUAAUUGGGUGGAGAAUGAGCCAAUCUACAUGCCCUCUGCUGCUCCAGGCAGCUUGCGCUACCUCUGGGAACGCGCUUUCGUCGCUCCAGAGAAUAGGUACGGCGCUCGUCGCUUCACUGCCGCAGGCAAGCAAGGCUACCGCAUCGAAGAAGCUGGUCCCAGGGGACUGGAGAAUGCUGGACAGAAAGAGGUGCUGGUCGAGGCUGAGCGCAUUCACGGAGGACCUAUUCGCGGCAAAUGGGCUUUCGAAGCGUAG